AUGUAUUUUUUAAUAUGCAUCACUACAGUUUUAGCAAACUAUAAUACCUAAUAUGUUACUGAUUAAUUAAAAAUAGAGCAUAAUAAUCUUGAUGCCUAAAAGACUUAUUUAAUUUAGAUGAUCAUUACAUAAUUUCCAGUAGACAAUUAUUGCUUACCUCUGAUGCAAAUAUAUAUUGGUGCCCAAAACUAUUUUGAUUCACAAUCAUACUCUAUCAGAUCCAACGUCUAAUCUGUCUCCGUCAAAUAGACCAAAAAUCUCACCAUAGAGAUAACUUGCCCUGUUUUGGAUCCUUUUAUUAACAUUAAAGAUAUCAACAAAACAAUGCAUUUUAAUUUAACCAUAAAUGAAGCAGUAAUUUUUUAUUUCAUAACUUAUUCAAUAGGUAUUAAAAUAAUAGAAAUCUUGUCCCUUCCCUUACUAUGGAUUGGAUUGUUUACUCCAAUUGCAAAAAAUAGAAACUGAUUAUUCGAUCACUUUUCAUGUACUCAAUAAUUCUUGGUUCUAUGCUUACGUGAUACUGGACAAUCAAGAUUAUGAUGUACAUACUUACCUAACAUUUAGAUCACAAUUUAAAACCAAGAGGCCUUAUUUGGCAUAUCCUCUAUCCCAGCAGACAAACUAGACAUUACAAUCUUGCCAACAUUCUUUACUAAUUUUGAAAUUUUGGAAUAGACUUCAGAUGAGAAAUCGAUUAGUUUGACAAGAGAAACAGAUAUCUCAGAUUACAUCUUCAUUUUUGGAUUAUUUAAUUUUAAUUCAACUCACAUCUAAGAAAUCUAAAUUUCAUUUGUGUACAUAAUUGUUUAUAAUUUUAGAUCUUUAGAUGAUACUAAUAACUUCCCUUAUUGGGCAACGAUACUUCUGUCCUCUAUCUUUCUAUUUGGCAUCCUUGUGGCCCUCCUCAUAUUUAUAAGUUAUAAAAGAUAAUAUAGAUAAUUAACAUAAAUUCAACCUGCACUAGAUAGAAAGAUUUUUAAAAAAUAUAUGCCAACACAAAAGAUUAAUUCAAAAUUGGUACAAGAAACAUGUGCAGUUUGUUUGAUAUAAUUUGAAAUGAAGGAGAAAUAUAGAUAGACACCAUGCAAACAUAAUUUCCAUGAUUAAUGCUUAUCGGAUUGGUAUUUAAUGCACUCUAGUUAGGACUAUUAAACAAGCAAAUUGCCCAGUUUGUAGGCAGAGUUUACAGGAAGAGGAUAUAUAAAAAUUAUUAUAAUGCAAGACUUAGUUACCUCAGUUAAAUUUAGAAAUUAAUGAAAAGGUAGAAUUAAAAGAAGGAGAGGAAUAGCAAAGUGAUAGAGGAGCUCUGUAUAUUCCUUUUUAUCCAACUCCAUAUAGAACGACAUGUAGGAUUGACUUAGAUAAUUCUCCUUAGGGGGACCACUCACCUCAGACUGUUCAAUUUGAUGGAACUCCGAAUCAUUAGAGUUAAAGAGAUCUUUGCAAACAAAAAGAUCGAAUUGUUGAAUCAUAAUUAUGA